UGCUGCUCCGCUAACUUCUGUGUGCCCAGCCAACCGAGGCAUGGGCUCUGUGACUCUCCGUUUUAUUACUGACGUUUAAUAAUGAUAAUGUCGUAUCGUGUGUGACGAAAUGCUCGAUAUUUGCUGUUUAAUGUAACUGUGUUUUUUUUUCUUCAAAACGGAAAUACUAGCUUGUGCGUAACAGCGAACUCUUCUCCGUAUCCCUAAUCUCACCCGUCUAUGAUGUGAUUAUGAAUAACCACCGUCAAGGGAAGUUAUAAUUGGCAUUAUCAUAGUUGAAUGGCUACAACAGCAGUUUAUGCCUGCUUGCUGUUAUUUCGAUAGCCAAUUAAGCUCGGGAGGAACCGCUAGGCUAUAUCUUCUUGGCGGAAAUAGCCGAAGAGACCGCAUCCACAGCUCUGUAGUUCUCUCCUGAAAACAUGUCGUUCUUCAAUUUUCGGAAGAUAUUUAAGCUGGGGCCUGACAAGAAGAAAAAGCAGUAUGAACAUGUACAUAGAGACGUCAACCCGGAGGAACUAUGGGAUAUCAUUGGGGAGCUGGGAGAUGGAGCGUUUGGCAAAGUGUUCAAGGCUCAGAACAAGCAGAAUGGGACCCUCGCUGCUGCCAAGGUUAUUGACACAAAGACGGAGGAUGAAUUGGAGGACUACAUGGUAGAGAUUGAAAUUCUGGCCUCCUGCGAUCACCAUCACAUCGUCAAAUUGCUGGAUGCCUUCUAUUUUGAAGGCAAACUUUGGAUUCUGAUAGAGUUCUGUGCGGGUGGUGCGGUGGAUGCCAUCAUGUUGGAGCUGGAGAGGCCCCUGACGGAGCCGCAGAUCCGCGUGGUGUGUCGGCAGACCUUGGAGGCUCUGACUUACCUCCACGACAACAAAGUCAUCCACAGAGACCUGAAAGCCGGGAACAUUCUCCUCUCCUUGGAGGGAGAAGUGAAACUGGCUGACUUUGGGGUGUCUGCUAAAAAUACCAAGACGUUACAGAGAAGAGAUUCUUUCAUCGGGACUCCGUAUUGGAUGGCCCCAGAGGUGGUCAUGUGUGAAACUUCCAAAGACCGUCCGUACGACUUUAAGGCCGACAUCUGGUCCCUGGGGGUUACCCUGAUAGAGCUGGCGCAGAUUGAGCCGCCCAACCACGAGAUGAAUCCCAUGAGAGUGCUGCUGAAAAUAGCCAAGUCUGAGCCUCCCACACUCAUGCAUCCCUCUCGCUGGUCGCCAGAAUUCAACGACUUUCUGCGGAAAGCACUUGAUAAGAAUGUUGACAGUAGGUGGGGCACGCUACAGCUUCUACAGCAUCCUUUUGUCACAAGUGUAACUAAUAGCAGACCUCUCAGAGAGCUCAUAGCCGAGGCCAAAGCUGAAGUCACAGAGGAGAUUGAGGAUAGCAAAGAGGAAGAGGAGGAGGAAGAGCCUGAUACACCUGUGGCGGCUCCUGGGCACAAGCGAGCGCCAUCAGAUGCCAGUGCGGCCAGCUCAGAGGACGACAAAGUCCCAGCAACUCCCUCUGCACUGGAAUCUGUUUCGGAAAUAACUGCUACUGAGGACCAGACCAGUGAUAAGCUCUCUGAUGAAGGACUUGGAACAAGUGAGGUAGACAAGACUGAGGAGGAGAAACUCAACGAGGUGUCUGAUGCCGGUAAUGAAGACCUGGCCUCUGGGCUAAUAGAGCCCCCCAAGGACUUAAUAUCACAAGAUCCUGCAGAGCUCAAACCAGAAGACGGUCAAGCUGAAGAGAUUCCUGCUGAGCCUGUAGUAUCACAGCCAGAAGAAGCUGUAGUUGAAGAACCUGUAGCAGGGGAUACACAAGAACAUAUCACAGAUGGUCAGGAAACCGAGGAGGAACAGAAGGAGACACAAGAAGAGAAAACAGAAGACGGACCUACUCCUGUCAUCGAAAAACAAGAACCUGAGGAGGUGAAAGCAGCAGAAGAAGAAAAAGAUGCUAGUACAGAAGAAUCCAGAGUAUUACAAGAGAAACCUGAAGAAACACCAGAAGAAAAAGAAUCCAUAUCAGGAGAAGAGGCAAAGGCAGAAGAAGAAAGCAAAGAGCCAGAUGAGGAGACGCCUCAGCAGAAAGUGAUGGAGGACAUAACAAAAGACACAGCUAAUGGCACUGAUGUAACUACAGACACAGAGAAUAUAGAAUCAAAUGUAGUGGACACAACAGUAAAUGGAGACACGGACACAAAGAGCGUGGAUGAGUGCUCCGCUGCGGUUCUGUUGGAGAAGGAGGCGGUAGAGAGUCAGCCAGAGGAAAAGCACGAGGAGGCAGAAGAGCCCGAACAAGAGAAUCAGACCAAGGCGGAGGAUCUGGAGGAAAAGGCCCCAACUGAAUCCACUAAUGGAGUCAGCGAUGAAGCCAAAGACACCUCUGAGGAUUCAGAACAAGUGGCCACACCUAAAGAUCUGAAGGAGGACGAAGAGAAAGCCCCCCCUGCAGAUGAGAACGCGUCUCAAGAUGCCGUCUCUGUCCAGGAGAGUGAAACGGAUUCAGAAAGCAAGAUGGAGCAUGGAAGCCCCGCUGCCAUCAAGUCGGAUUUGGAGAAGGACUCUGACUCUGGGAGCAGCUCUGCCGCUGAUAGCAGCAGCCUGGACCUCAAUCUGUCUAUAUCCAGCUUCCUGUCCAAGAGUAAAGAUGGGGGCUCUGUAUCUAUGCAGGAGUCAAGACGUCAGAAGAAGACUCUGAAGAAGACGCGUAAGUUCAUGGUGGACGGUGUGGAGGUCAGUGUGACGACAUCAAAGAUAGUGACAGAUAACGACACCAAGAGCGAAGAGCUGAGGUUCCUGAGACGGCAGGAGCUGAGAGAGCUGCGCCUCCUGCAGAAAGAGGAGCAGAGGGCCCAGCAGCAGCUGAGCAACAAGCUACAGCAGCAGAGAGAGCAGAUCUUCCGCCGCUUUGAACAGGAAACUGCUGCUAAGAAGCGCCAAUAUGACCAAGAAGUGGAGAACCUUGAGAAGAAGCAGAAGCAGACCAUCGAGCGGCUGGAACAGGAUCACACCAGCCGGCUCCGAGACGAAGCCAAACGCAUCAAAGCCGACCAAGACAAGGAGCUCUCCAAGUUCCAAAACAUGAUGAAGAAUCGGAAGAAAGAGGCCAAAGAGGAAGUCGGACAGUCACCCAAACAUAUGAGAAAAGAGCUCAUGAGACGCAUAAAGGAGGACCUGUCGCUCCUUAAGACCGCAGAGGCAGUGGCCCAGGUUAUGAUUCAGUCUUUUCAGUUGUCCUCAUGCGCACUCUUCAACGCUCAGAUGCAGGAUGAGCAGGAGUUCCUACAGAAGCAGCAGCAGGAGCUGGACGUAGCUCUGAAGAAAAUCAUCCAGCAGCAUAAACUGGAGAUCACCACUAUAGAGAAAGACUGCUUAAACCACAAGCAGCAGCUGAUGAGAGCUCGAGAGGCAGCCAUGUGGGAGUUGGAGGAGCGCCACCUGCAGGAGAAGCACCAGCUGCUGAAGCAGCAGCUGAAAGACCAAUACUUCCUGCAGAGACACCAGCUGCUGAAGAGGCACGAGAAAGAGAUGGAGCAGAUGCAUCGCUACAACCAGCGGCUGGUCGAGGAGAUGAAGAACAAACAGAACCAAGAGAGGGUCCGUCUGCCCAAGAUUCAGCGCAGCGAGGCCAAAACACGCAUGGCCAUGUUCAAGAAGAGCCUCCGCAUCACCGCCACUGCAUCGGUCACCGUGGAGCAGGAGAGAGAGAGGAUAAAACAGUUUGCUGCUCAGGAAGACAAGAGACAGAAGAACGAGAGACUUCAUCAACACCAGAAACACGAGAACCAGAUGAGGGAUCUGCAGCUGCAGUGUGACUCCAACAUCAGGGAGCUGCAGGAGCUACAGAAUGAGAAGUGCCACCUUCUGAUUGAACAUGAGACCCAAAAGCUGAAGGAGCUGGACGAGGAGCACAGCCAGGAGAUAAAGGAGUGGAGGGAGAAGCUGAGACCCAGGAAGAAGGCGCUGGAGGAUGAGUUCACGCGGAAGCUCCAGGAGCAGGAGGUCUUCUUCAAGAUGAGCGGAGAGUCUGAAUGCCUUAACCCCUCCACCCAGAGUCGAGUCUCCAAGUUUUACCCCAUCCCAAACCUGUACAACUCUGGUUUAUAGCCUCUUCUGUCCGUCCCUGCUGCAAAACAGACUCCUAUCAAACUCGGCUGCGCUCACUGACUCUUCCUGGUGGAGUGACAACUUCUCUUUGACCACUUAGAUUCCACCGUUAGUGAGCAUGACGUGCCUACACACCGUUCUCUCACAAGUUUAAAUGUCCCUCCGCUCGUCCAAUAAGAAUAUGCACUUUUUUGAGCAUGUUCAAAUUUGAAAAGCCUGCAGUUGGUAUCGAAGGGCCAAUGAAUAUGAGUUUGAGCACAGCCUGCUACAGUAUGAAUGAUCCCCAGUGCCUCAUAUGUUCUUUCUUUUCUGUAUUUAAGCCCCUCGCUGUGUUUAACAGUAAGUGAAGCGUCCCCUAAAUGUCCUACACUUAAACAAUUGGUUAUCAUUUCCACUCAUAAUCACAAGAUGUUUAGAGAUUAUUUGAAUCAUUUCAUAUAACGGGUGAUUAAGACUCUGAAAUCUCGUGUUGCUGCAUGUGAGGUAGAGCUGGUUUAAAAGAGUAAAAAGAAAAAGUGUGUUGUUGUAUGACUUUGUUAUGGCACGUGUAGUGUCACGUCAAAAACAGUGCUGUGUUGGGACGUUAAGGACGUACUGUGUUGUAAAUGCUGAAAUGUUACAUGUGUGUACCUAGAUAUGAAGCUCAAUCAGAUGCUGUGCUUGCCAUGAGGGUUUUUACAAUCUUAAGAACAAGAAUAUGGCUUUUUCGUUCACACAUCAUUUCAUUUCAUUGCUGUAAUCCCACUUAGUUAGACACAGAGGUGACCUGUUUCUUCCUGGAGAAUGAUAAAAUACUUUUUUAUAUAUAUAAAUAAUAUAUAGAAAUUAAAUCACCGUGAAUGAAAAUGAAGGAAUGUAAAGCUGUUGAUUUGCACUGUUUUGUUAUGAGCUAAUGAAAAAGAUAUGCAGUAAUAAAACUGUCAAUGGGUUUUUGACAGCGCGUCACCUUUGUCUCACACAAGCCUAUUCAAACUCCAAACUAACUGAGAAGUUUUGAUUUAUUUCUGAUAAUUUAGCUGUUUUUUUCCUUUUCCAAAUAUGCCCUUUAGUAUUUUACGAGCACAUCUACUUUUCUACAUGUAUUCCUGUUAUAUGAGGCUGUAAUCGCUCUUUCCUCUGAGCGGUUUGCUCUUUUUGAGACCAGUGCUGUCUGAAAGGUGAAAUGCUGUACCUGUAACUGUCUGAGACGCUGUAUUCUAGGAGCAAAAGUAUUAACGGUUCACAAAAAGAGAUGUCAUGAUUCUUUUAUUUUGUCUGUGCGUAUCAUCAAUGCAUGUCAUGUUUUCUGUAUGCUGACAUUAACAAAGGUUGCGUCAUGAAUGCUGGGUUUUUAUCGGGGUACAUGGAAACUGUCCGGAGAGUCACAUUCCCCAUAGAUUUAAAAUAUUUUUUUAUUUUGUUAAGUUACAGCAUUUCUUGUCAUUCUACAACAUUAAUAUCAUUUUCAUGUCAGAUCAAAUGUAUUUAAAGUGUCUUUAUAAAUUGACAUUUUAUUGUUGUAAAUAAAAUAUUGACUGUUGAUUUGAAA